AUGGCACGUAAACCAGAAACACAGUUACAAAAUACUCCGGUAGACGUAAUAUCUGCUGUGAAGUUUUCACCGAAAAUAAACAAGUUCCUGUUGGUUUCUUCGUGGGACACUACAGUACGCCUGUACGAUGUGGUCAGCAAUACCUUACGACAUAAAUUUAUUCAUUCUUCACCGGUAUUGGAUUGCGCGUUUCUAAAUUCGACCAAAACAAUCAGCGGAAGCUUGGAUAAUGUUGUUAAGCUGUAUGAUCUCAACGCUAGUGCAGAAGUUACGCUCGGAAAUCACAAUGCAGGAGUGAAAUGCGUUGAAUAUUCAGCAAAGCUUAACGCUAUCCUUACCGGCAGCUGGGAUCGAACGGUGAAGCUUUGGGACGUGCGCGAGAAGGAAUGCGUCGGAACGUACGAACAGAGCAAUGGCAAAGUCUAUUCGAUGAGCAGCAUCGAGGAAAAGCUAGUGGUAGCAACGUCGGAACGUAAGGUGUUAAUAUGGGAUUUGCGCAAGAUGGACAGCUAUAUUGAGCGACGGGAAUCGUCGUUGAAGUAUCAAACACGUGCUGUUCGUUGCUUUCCGAAUAAGGAAGGGUACGUGAUGAGCUCGAUCGAGGGAAGAGUUGCAGUAGAAUAUUUCGACCCUAACCCAGAGGUGCAGAAGAAAAAGUUCGCCUUCAAGUGUCACCGUGCAAAGGAGAACGAAAUAGAGCUUAUCUAUCCUGUGAAUGCCAUCAGCUUUCACAGCAUCUACAACACGUUUGCUACCGGUGGGUCCGAUGGCUAUGUUAAUAUUUGGGACGGAUUCAACAAGAAACGGUUGUGCCAGUUUCAUCUGUACGAUAGCUCUAUAUCAAGCUUGUGCUUCAGUGAUGAUGGCAGCACGCUGGCAAUUGCGUGUUCGUAUAUGGAUGAGGCGGAAAAUGCUCCGCAGCCUCCGCCACAGCCGACUCUUUACGUUCGCUAUGUGAAUGAACAAGAAACUCGACCUAAAUAGUCGUUAAGAAAUUAAAGAAUAUGAUUCUUUAAAC